AUGGUCUCCUGGAACUCUCUCCUCGUUGCCUGCCUUGCUGUCGCUGGCGCCUACGCGACUGAAGUCGUCGAGCGUGAUGAGGGCAAGCAACUCGUUUCUCGCUCCACGCCCAGCUCGACUGGUACCAACAAUGGCUACUACUACUCCUUCUGGACUGAUGGUGGAGGCGAUGUGACGUACACAAAUGGUGCUGGUGGAACGUACAGCGUAACCUGGUCUGGAAACGGUAACUGGGUCGGUGGAAAGGGAUGGAAUCCGGGUUCUGCUCAAGCCAUCUCGUAUACGGCUGACUACCGUCCGAAUGGUAAUAGCUACCUGUCUGUGUAUGGCUGGACGACAAGCCCCCUUAUCGAGUACUAUAUCGUUGAGAGCUACGGCACAUACAACCCGGCUAGUGCAGCAUCGAAGAAGGGCACAGUCAACUCGGACGGCGGAACCUACGAUAUUCUCACCACUCAGCGUGUCAACCAACCUUCUAUCCUUGGAACCUCGACAUUUGACCAGUACUGGUCGGUCCGUCAAUCCCACCGAACGAGCGGAACGGUCACCACAUCGAACCAUUUCAACGCCUGGAAACAAUACAACAUGAACCUCGGCACGCACAACUACCAGAUUGUCGCGACGGAGGGUUACUACAGCAGUGGUUCGGCUACCGUCACUGUCGGCUCGGGAACUCCCAACACCAACACCCAGACGUCUCAGCAGCAGACGUCUCAGCAACAGAGCAGCAGCCAGAACAAUGGUGGUGGAAACUGUGCCGCCAAGUGGGGACAAUGCGGUGGUCAGGGAUUCAGUGGACCUACUUGCUGCCAGAGCGCGACCUAG